UCAAGGCCCGAACCCCUCUGCUGCGCUGCGUCCUCCUCUUGCUCCCUCCCCAUGGCGCCCAGGGUUUUAAUGGUGGCGGAGAAGCCAAGCAUCGCGCUCUCCAUCGCCUCCGCCCUCUCCGGCGGCCGCAUGUCUACACGCAAGGGAAGUACCGAUGUCCACGAGUUUGAUGGGAUGUUUCAGGGAUCUCAUGCAUCUUUCAGAGUGACAUCAGUCAUCGGGCAUGUCUUCAGUGUUGAUUUUCCACCUGCAUAUCAGAACUGGGAAGGGACUGAUCCCAUGGACCUUUUUAAUGCUCCAGUCCUGAGAUCUGAGUGCAACCCAAAGGUUCAUAUCCAAAGGCAUCUAGCCCAGGAAGCUCGAGGCUGCACCUAUUUGAUACUUUGGCUUGACUGUGAUCGAGAAGGAGAAAACAUAUGUUUUGAAGUAAUUAGUUGCACCGGGAUUCCUGAAAAUGAGGUGGGCAGAAGAAUAUUUCGAGCUAAAUUUUCAUCUGUUACUGAGAAAGACAUAUCGAAUGCUAUGGAUAAUCUUGUCUUGCCAAACAAAGACGAGGCACUGUCAGUGGAGGCUCGACAAGAAAUAGACUUGAAAGUAGGAGUAGCGUUUACUCGAUUUCAGACCAGAUAUUUUCAAGGAAAAUACGGGAAUCUUGACUCAAGAGUUAUUUCGUAUGGUCCCUGUCAAACACCUACACUUGGAUUCUGUGUACAGCGUUAUCAGCAAAUUAACACAUUCAAACCAGAGAAAUUCUGGUCUUUGAGAACUUACAUUAUCAAAGACGGUGAUGAAAUACAGCUAGAAUGGGACAGGAAGAAACUUUUUGAUUUUGAUGUCACUGUAAUGUUCCAAAAGAUGGUAGCCAGUGAUGGAGCUCUAAAAAUAACAGAUAUAUCAGUGAAGGAAGAGUGCAAAGCCCGCCCAUCUGGUCUUAAUACAGUGAAUUUGCUAAAGGUUGCAUCAAGUGCGUUAGGCAUUGGACCCCAGACAGCCAUGCACUUGGCCGAACGACUUUACAUUCAAGGAUACAUCAGGUUUCAGAAAUGGGUCUCCCUUUUUUAUGGAAAAUAUUGCCAUCUGAGUUACAAACACUUUUUUACCACUACUGAAAGUUGCAUACACAGUUAUCCUCGUACAGAGAGCACUGCCUAUCCUGCGUCAUUUGAUUUUAAAAGUGUACUGUCUGCACUAGCACAUAAUCCUUUGUGGCCCAAUAACGUCCGGGCAUUGGAUGCUGGUUUUGUUAAGCCUCGUCAAGGUCAUGAUGUUGGGGAUCAUCCCCCAAUUACUCCAAUGAGAUUAGCACCAGAAGAAGCUUUGGAAACUGAUGCAUGGAGGCUGUACCAGUACAUAUGCCAGCAUUUUAUUGGCACUGUCAGUCCUGAUUGUAAAUAUACAAGGACUGCAGUUGAGUUCACUUCAGGUGGAGAGAUUUUCCGUUGUGUUGGUCACCGAGUCACGUCCAAAGGUUUUACAUCUAUUAUGCCAUGGCUUGCUGUGGGUGAGAAUAUUCUUCCAACGUUCAAAAAAGGAGACACAAUUAGCAUUCAUAAGGUUGACAUACAUGAGGGAAGCACCACAGCUCCUGAUUAUCUUAGCGAGAGUGAGUUGAUUUCUCUCAUGGAGAAGAAUGGCAUAGGCACAGACGCAUCAAUUCCUGUGCAUAUAAACAACAUUUCCGAGCGUAAUUAUGUCCAGGUAAAUUCUGGAAGAAGAUUAGUACCUACAGCCCUGGGAACUACCCUGAUAAGAGGAUAUCAGUGUAUUGAUGCUGAUCUCUGCUUGCCAGAUAUCCGAAGCUUUAUUGAGCAACAGAUUACUCUAAUUGCAAAAGGCAAAGCGGACCAUCUUCAAGUUGUUCAGCAUGUUCUUCAACAGUUUAUGAGAAAGUACUCUUAUUUUGUGAAGAAGAUUGAAAACAUGGAUGCUUUGUUUGAAGCGCAAUUUUCACCUCUGGCAGACUCUGGGCGUCUAUUGAGCAAGUGCGGAAAAUGUGGUCGGUAUAUGAAAUACAUUUCCACUCAGCCAAUGAGGAUGUAUUGUGUAACUUGUGAGGAGGUCUAUUAUCUUCCCCAGAAUGGUUCCAUUAAGCUUUACAAGGAAAUUAUUUGCCCCCUUGAUGGUUUUGAGUUGCUUCUGUUCUCGAUGGUGGGCCCUGAUGCAAAAUCUUUUCCACUAUGCCCCUGUUGCUACAAUAGUCCUCCAUUCGAAGGCAUCGACAAACUUUUCGGGGCACUCAAGCUUGAUGAUACUGGCAAGGUUGGGAAAGGGGCUGGCAUGCCGUGCUUCCUUUGCCCACACCCGACAUGCAAACAAUCAAUGAUCACUCAAGGAGUCUGUGCUUGUCCAGAGUGUAGCGGUACACUAAUUCUUGAUCCAGUCAGUGCACCGAAAUGGCGGCUUCUCUGCAACACGUGUAACUGCGUCGUGUUGCUCCCACAUGCCGCUCACAGAAUCACCACCACAGAUAAGAAGUGCCCGACGUGUGAGUCAACUAUCAUCGAAGUUGACUUCAACAAGAAAGCUACCCCUCUUGAAGAUGGAGCUACUUUGCAUGAGGGUUGCAUCUUGUGUGAUGAGCUGUUACAUUCGCUCGUUGAGAUGAAGCAUGGGAAGUCAUUCUUCAUGCGGAGAGGCAGAGGCAGAGGUAGGGGUAGAGGCCGAGGGAGAGGCAGACGGGGUAGGGGAAGACAUGAUGACCCUAAGAUGAGCUUCAGAGAUUUCUGAAUUCCUUUUUUAACUUUGACCUGUAAUCCUACUCUGUAAGUACAUUUACUCCUAGAUCGGAACCUUUCGGUUUCAUAUCCAUACAGUGUUAUCUUGUUGCUUCUAGCAAAGAUUGUAUGUAUAGUUCAUUUUUUAGAAGAAAUGCAGGGAUCAGUUAUCCUUUUCUGAUCACUUGUUCAGAAAAUGUAUGCGCUUCAGGAUGUAGAAACCGAAAUGCAAAUGUCAUGCUUAUGCA